AAGUAUGAACUAUAUGCCAGCUCAAAAAGGCAUCACCUGCCCACCUCAAGAUGCUAACUGCACCAAGAUACUAGAGUCUAUGAGCACCUGGAAUGAUUCUGAAUUUAGUUCUUACAAACUUGUUGAACUGCCACCAAUAGUGACCACGGAACCCCCUAGAGAAGUUAUACAUCAUGCCUACCCUACAGCUGAUGUCCCAGAUCAUGUACAUUAUACCAUCGGAGCUGUAAUCCUGGCAGUAGGGAUAACGGGGAUGCUGGGUAACUUCCUAGUCAUCUACGCUUUCUGCAGAAGUCGGAGUCUUCGAUCACCCGCCAAUAUUUUCAUCAUCAACCUCGCCAUCACUGAUUUCUGUAUGUCUAUCACUCAGGCACCAGUGUUCUUUGCUGCAAGUUUACAUAAACGAUGGAUCUUUGGAGAGAAAGGUUGUGAAUUAUAUGCCUUCUGCGGAGCCCUUUUUGGAAUCACAUCCAUGAUUACAUUGAUGGUGAUUGCUGUGGAUAGGUAUUUCGUAAUCACUCGACCACUUGCCUCCAUCGGAAUGAUGUCCAAGAAAAGAGCAGUGUUAAUCCUUUUAGGUGUCUGGCUGUAUUCUUUGGCGUGGAGCCUUCCUCCCUUCUUUGGUUGGAGUGCCUAUGUUCCUGAAGGGCUUUUGACCUCCUGCUCAUGGGACCAUGUGACAUUCACACCAUCUGUUAGAGCAUACACAAUGCUCCUCUUCUGCUUUGUCUUCUUCAUACCACUUUUUGUCAUUAUAUAUUGCUACAUAUUUAUUUUCAAGGCCAUCAAGAACACUAACAGGGCUGUUCAAAAGAUUGGUUCGGAUGACAACAAGGAAUCUCAGAAACAGUAUCAGAAAAUGAAAAAUGAAUGGAAGAUGGCAAAGAUUGCUUUAAUUGUCAUCCUCCUAUAUGUGAUUUCAUGGUCUCCCUAUUCAACUGUUGCACUGGUGGCCUUUGCUGGGUAUGCCGAUAUCUUAACGCCGUACAUGAACUCCGUACCUGCUGUAAUCGCAAAGGCAUCUGCCAUCCACAAUCCAAUUAUCUAUGCCAUCACUCAUCCUAAAUAUAGAAUGGCAAUUGUAAAGUACAUUCCUUGUCUACGGUCAAUACUUAGAGUAUCCCGCAAAGACUCUAGAUCCUAUAGCAACUAUCCAUCAUCUAGACGCUCGACUGUUACCAGCCAUUGCAGCCAAGCUUCUGAUAUAAGUGCACAUCCAAAACUGAGAGGCCAUUUACACUCUGUCUCAGACAGUGAAUCAGGUUGGACCGAUACUGAAGCUGAUAGUAGUGUAAACUCCAGACCAGCUAGCACUCAGGUUUCCCAUGAAAUGAGCAAAAACACCACUGAGAACAAUGACUUAAAAUCUAAAGCUAUGCUGAAAAGUCAUGAUUCUGGAAUAUUUGAAAAGAACUCAAUAGACGCAGAUGACAUUUCAUUGGUAGAAAUUGGCCCAUCGGAUCGUAGUUCUCCACUUGCUAUGGGAAAAUAUUUGAAUAGCUAUGGCCAAAGGAAAGGGGAUCCUAUCACCCGUGUAGCAGCAUCAAGAAUACCCAGCAUCAUAGUGACCUACAGCAAUCACCAAGGAGACCAACCGGUAGUAGAACAUAACACGACCCUGCCUUGUCAUAGAAACAACCAAGAUUGGGAGAAAGAUGUCAGAAGACAAAUGGAUAAAAUGAAGCAGAAUUCUACAUCCAUCAUCACUGAGACCAUACCAGAAAAUAGCACAGAAGUGAUCACAGAUCAGUCUUCACCAAGUAAAAUGUCAUAAAACUGCUAUAAAUGUGAUGUGUACUGGCACACCAUUGUGCUAUCUUUUGGUUUGGUUACGUUAAACAGACCAUAGUUGGUCCACUGUUACACUAC